CUACGUCAGCUGCUGCUACGUCGGGCGUGCGAACUGUGGUAACUGGAGUACUACGGGUACUACCGCGACCGUUUACCGCUGGUGUGUGGGACGCCUUAUGAACUGAGGGAGCGCCCGAAGUGCAGUCAUGAAAACGCCGCUUAUGGCUCAGUGAUAUUUGUUGUGCCAUGUUUAUAUUGUGUUUUUGAUAAAAUGGAUGUGACCUCGUUAUUUAAGGCAUGUGUGAAAACUUUGCGGACUCGAAAUAAAGCACUCGGUAUGCUGAAAGAUACCGACAAGAAUUCCAUACUGAAACCAAGGCAGCCACCCUCCGAUUUUGGCUACCGGGUUAGAGAAAUUAACUCCAACAUCUCGAAGAUGAAAAACUUCCUCAGGGAGCACAGAAAUGACUACAUAGACGCAACCCAGGUGAUGUACAACACAUCGCGGAUGACAGACACUGAGCGAGAUAGAAUCGACAAGGAAGCUCAGCAAUUCGUCUUCCAGUGUCGGGAGGUACUGAAAAACUUGCGGAAAGAAGUGAGAAACCAAGCUCUAACGCCACAGCAGCUGGAGCAUCAUGAAGGUGUCAUCUAUUUGUUAGAGCAUCAUUUGAGAAGUGCUUGUAAGCUGUAUUCUGAACAAAAGGCCAUUCGUGUCAAGCGAGCAUACGACAGGCAGAAGUUGUGUAGACUGGAGCCUGAAGUCAAGAAAAAAACACCUCAUGAAAUAGAGGGUAACGGUGAAGAGCCCCAUCAAGUGCCUGCUGAAGUACAACCAGCGGCUGUGGCUUAUGGAGAUGUUCCGGAUCUUUUCUCAUUUGACGGAUGGGAUGAAAAUGUGGUGAUCUCAUAUGAAGAGUUUCAAAUGUUUGAACAAGAGAACAAGAAGCUCUAUGAAGAAUUGAAUGCACUCUCAGAUGAAGUCAAAAGCAUUGAGGGCAGAGUUAUUGAGAUUUCGCAGCUUCAAAAGGUGUUCACUGAAAAAGUGUUGGAACAGGAUCAAGAAAUGGAGCGCAUUGCUUAUACACUAGGAGGUGCUACUGAAAAUGUAAAAGAUGGCAAUGAGCAACUUCGUCAGGCGAUGAAGAAUAAUGCUGGCUUUAGGAUAUCAAUUUUGUUUUUCCUCCUGGUGAUGUCAUUUUCACUUCUUUUUCUUGACUGGUACAAUCCAUAGUCUCAUUUUCAGUCAAUUUUAUGUGAGAAUAAAUUGAUAUUUGAUAUAUAA